CCAAUCUCUCUCCUCAUCCUUUGCCUUUUACUCUCUCUCUCUGUCUCUCCCCAUCCAUUGCCUCUGCAGUUUGCACCCUUGUACUCAUCGCUUCCAAUUUCUAUUUUCACUUUGCAUUAAAAGCCUUUUCUCUCAUGGCGGAGACUCCAUUAAAACGCCACAGAGAAGAAACCCAGAUGGAUGAUUGUGAAGAUUCUAAGCGACACAAGUCGUACAACCAUAUACUCUCUCUGCUAGAGGCAGAAGCAGAGGAAGAGGAACCCACUCAGGAUCUGUCCUCUCUUAUCACGACCCUCCAACAAGAACUCUCAUCCGAUUCCAUCUUCAACCCGCUUUCAUUCCCCACCGCAGAUGCCGUCGACCCGGAAAACCCCACGACAGCCUCUACCACCCUUGAAGACCAAACCUCCUCCUCCUCGUCUUCCUCUUCCUCUUACUCAUCUUCAACACUGCUUUUGAAGGAAGACGAGGAGGAGGAUGACAAGGAUAGGGUGAUUAGACACCUUCUUGAGGCUUCUGAUGAUGAGCUUGGGAUUCCAAACAGAGAGGUCGGAGAAGUUUAUGGUGGGAAUGAAGGGUUUAAUGGAGAUGGGUUCUCGUUGUGUGAUGGUCUGUGGGAGUUGGAAGAUGAGGCUGCAAACUACUAUACCUUGUUGCAGUCUGAACUUUUCAUGUAGGCACAUAGCUGUUUAGUGGGCAAGUUGUCAUAGUUGCAAAACAGGAAUGCAGAGGAAUUCUGGGGCUCAAAUGAAAAUGCGAAAAAAGGAGAAAAAAAAAAAAAAUCAAGGGUACGAUAUAGGAAAUGGGGAUAGUUUUUUAUUUUCAUUUUGGUCACUCAAAUUUGUAAAAAGAUGAAAAGUUUCAGCUAUCUUUCUAGAAAAUCAAAGAGUAGAAGAAAAGUUUCUUUAUUGGUUAAUUUAUUGACGUGGGCGGUUCUUCAA